AUGAGUGAACAAAGCACACAACUCGAGCGGUACGGAGGCAGGGAAACUUUAGCCAGAAUCCCAACUCGCAAUAAUAUUAUUUCAGAAUGUGAUAAUGGGUUAACUGCUAUACUCCAACAAAAUUUAUCCAAUAAAAAACCUAUACACUUCAUGCCCAAUGAUGUAAAACCUGAAGAGCAUUUUGAGUGUAUAGUGAUAGAAAGAGAAGAUCACUAUAAUGAGUAUGGGAAGAAAAUAUCAUGGAAA